AUGGCGUUGUGGCUCUUCGCCAAUGCCAGCGCGCUGCCAACAAACUUUGAUAAAACCUCCGCCAUUCUCACACGUAUGAAGGGGAAGAUCCCGGCCAAAUGGGCCCAAUACCACAUCGAUCUGUACAGUGGUGGAUCUGAACCUUGGCCCACCGAGAAGGACAUGUUAAAACUCGUCUCGGAGGCAUUCCUCCCAAGCUCAACAAAGGACUGGGCUCGGAAGAAGUUGUUGGGUCUUCGCAUGGGAGAAAGAAGGGUGGAAGAGUGGCUGACCGAGUUCUUCAUCCUGAAGGAACAAGGCAAGGUGGAAGACGGUCACGCGACAGACUUGCUCAUCAAGAAUAUGAGCAACCCCAUUCGAGAAGAAAUCUACCGAGUGGGAGGACAACACGAGGCGGACUUCAGAAAACUAUAUGAAGCAACACGCAUCAUUGGAGUCCGCAUCGAGGAGUACAAUAUCGCGAUCGGGAAGAGGAGGGUCAACUACGAACCGAGGCCAUUGACCUUUACGGCAAACCAGAGGGCGCCGCCAUACAUGGGCGAGCCCAUGGAAAUCGGGGCGACACAAGCGUCGUCAAGUAGUGGCCCUAGAGGAGGGUGUUUUACCUGCCAAGGCCCGCAUUUCGCGCGGGACUGUCCGCAGAGGAAGGGAGGAGGUCAGCCACGGCAGCAGCAGCAACAAGGAAGUCGCCCACAGGGCGCCACGGGAUACCAAGCCCGUGCUCUAUACGACCCACAAACGGGUCAGCUUAUCGCGCAGCCUCAGACAGCAGAGGCACAAGACGGUAGCAGUGCUACCCCAUUACGGUGGCAAGCGGCUACAAAGGACAUGGACUUCGAGGCCGCUAGGGCCUAUUUUAAGGACUAUGAAUCUUUAAACGGAUAA